AAUAAAAAAUUUUUCCGAAUUAUAUGAUUUCAUUAUCUUUUAUAUUUUAUAAUUUAUAAUAUUUUUAUAAUGGAAACUGAAGGAUACUUCAAUGAAAAACCAAUUUUUUCUUCAGAUUUAUUCUUUGGUGGAUGAUUCAGCAUCAACAUUUAUGGAAGAUGCUAUUUAUAAGAUUGUUGAAAAAGAUUGUCAUCAAAGUAUUAUGCUUCAUUUCACACCCAUGCAACUUUUUCAUACUAAGAUUAAUAAAGAUGGUGAAGAUUGUUCUGCUUUACUUUUAUGUGGAACUGAGGGGGGUAUACAUUUAUAUACUGAAGACAAACACGCAAAGAAAUGGGAACAAUCAUCUAUACAACCUUAUUUUCCUUUCAUUGCUGGAUUAACUAGAUCAGCUAAUUCUGAUUUAAAGAUAUUAUCAUUAGAAAUUAAAGAAUUCCAUAAUGUUAAAAUUAUAGCAGUAGGGUGCCAAAAUGGAAUGCUUCACAUAUCAGUCUUAAAGCGAAAUGAUUCUAAUGAAGAAUUUGUACAAGAACAAUCAUCAGUUGCACUAUUUAGUCCUAUCACUUCAAUAUCUAUAUUCACAUCAUCUACAAGUAAAGAUAAACAAGAAGAAAUUCAUAUGCUUGUUACUUGUGCCGUAGAACAAGCAAUUAUAUACUGUUAUGUAGAUAAAGAAAUUCUUAAAAGUCCAAUAUAUUUAAGAGAAUGUUCACAACAUGAUAGUGUUUUAUGUUCUCAUAUAAUGGAUAUAGAUUGGGAUGGUAAAAAUGAGAUUCUUAUCGGAACUUAUGGCAGAGAAUUACUUAUUUAUAAACAAAAUGAUAAUUCUCAAGAUAUGAUUACGUACCAAUUGUUAUGGCAAAGAUCUUUUACACAUCCUAUUUAUAGAAUAGCUAGCCUAGAUUUAAAUGAAGAUGGUAUUGAAGAACUUAUCGUAGCUACUCAAUAUGGUGUACAUAUUUUACAGCCAAAUUUAAGUAAAGCCAAAGAACAACUUUUGAAAGUAUUAGAUGAAAUUGAUAAUUUAAAUAAGGAAUAUAAAAAACUUUGUAUAUAAUUAUUUACAGAUCUAAAUAAUAAUAAUAAUUUAUUUAAUUUUUAAGAUUGAA